GAGUCUUUGCCAGUUCUCUUCUCAGACGUUCAAGAAACAGAGAGACAGAAAUAUGGACCUCCUUUGGGUUGUUACAAUCACUAUUUGCUUUAUGCCAUUUCUUCACCUAGCAGAAUCUUCCAUUGCUCAUUAUGACAAGAUUUUGACCCACAGUCGAAUCAGGGCACGUGAUCAAGGGCCAAAUGUCUGUGCUCUCCAGCAAGUUAUGGGAACCAAUAAGAAAUAUUUCAGCACAUGCAGGAACUGGUAUCAGGGAGCCAUCUGUGGAAAGAAAGCAACGGUUUUAUAUGAAUGCUGCCCUGGCUAUAUGAAAAUGGAAGGAGAACGAGGAUGUCCUGCAGUGGCUCCAAUAGAUCACAUAUUUGGCACUUUGGGCAUUGUAGGAGCUACCUCCACUCAACAUUAUUCUGAGAUGUCGAAACUGAAGGAAGAAAUUGAAGGACCUGGCUCUUACACAUUCUUUGCACCAAGCAAUGAAGCUUGGAAUCUUUUAGAUCGUGAAAUCUACAAUGGUCUGAUUGAGAAUGUAAACAUCGAAUUGUAUAAUGCUCUGCACAAUCAUAUGGUAAACAAACGGAUGUUGACAAAGGACUUUCGGAAUGGCAUGACUCUGGUGUCUAUGUACAACAAUCAAAAACUGCAUAUAAAUCAUUAUCCCAAUGGGGUUGUGACUGUUAAUUGUGCCAGAAUCAUCCAUGGCAACCAAAUUGCUACAAAUGGUGUUGUUCAUGUAAUUGAUCGUGUGUUAACUCCAGUUGGCAAUACUAUUCAAGACUUCAUUGAAUCUGAAGAUGAUCUCUCCUCUCUCAGAGCUGCUGCCUUUGCAUCAGAUGUAAUGGAAACUUUAGGGAAGCCCGGACAUUAUACACUUUUUGCACCUACUAAUGAAGCAUUUGAGAAACUUCCACGUGGAAUCUUGGAAAGAAUAAUGGGAGACAGGGUGGCUUCUGAAGCUCUGAUAAAGUUCCACAUUUUAAAUACACUUCAGUGUUCUGAGGCCAUCAUGGGUGGGGCAGUCUUUGAGACUUUGGAAGGCAAUACAAUUGAAAUUGGCUGUGAUGGUGAAAGCUUGAUAAUCAAUGGAGUCAAAAUGGUGAACCGAAAAGACAUUGUGGCAAGUAAUGGUGUCAUUCAUCUCAUAGAUCAAGUGCUUAUUCCUGAUUCUGCUAAACAAGUUAUUGAACUUGCUGGUCCCCACCAAGCUACCUUCAAGGACUUGGUGGCUCAGCUUGGCUUGGCUGCAUCUCUACGGCCAGAAGAAGAAUAUACCCUGCUAGCUCCAUUGAAUGGGGCUUUUUCUGAUGAUACUUUAAAAAUGGAUCAGAGAAUCCUUAAACAGAUUCUGCAGAAUCACAUUUUGAAAGUGAAAGUUGGUUUGAAUGAUCUCUACAAUGGGCAAUUCUUGGAAACACUAGGAGGAAAGAAGCUAAGAGUAUUUCUAUAUCGAACAGCUGUGUGUUUUGAAAAUUCAUGCAUGAUUCGAGGAAGCAAAGAGGGAAGAAAUGGAUUUAUCCAUAUUUUCAGACAAAUAAUCAAACCAGCAGAAAGAACUCUGCAUGAAGUAUUGCGAUCUGACAAACGAUUCAGCCUUUUCCUCAAUCUUGUGGAAGCUGCAGGCUUAGAAGAGGUUCUAUCCCAGCCUGGUGAUUGGACUUUCUUUGUUCCAACAAAUGAUGCUUUCAAAGGCUUGACUGAACAGGAGAAAGAGAUUCUGAUAAGAGACCAAAAUGCUCUUAGGAAUAUUUUGCUUUAUCAUUUGAUACGAGGAGUUUUCAUUGCAAAUGGAAUUGAACCUGGUGUGACUAGCAUUCUUAAAACUAUCCAAGGUAGCAAACUAUAUUUGAAAAUGAUAAAUGACACUCUUCUGGUAAAUGAAGUGAAAUCAACAGAAUCUGAUCUCAUGGCAACUAAUGGUGUGAUUCAUGUCAUAGACAAGCUGCUGUAUCCUGCAGAUAUGCCAGUUGGAAAUGAUCAGCUUCUUGCAAUUCUCAGAAAAUUGAUUAAGUACAUUCAGAUCAAGUUUAUCCGUGGUAGCACAUUUAAAGAAAUUCCACUAACAUUUUACAAUAUUAAAAAAAUUACAAAGAUAGUUGGCGGUUCCACAAUUCGAAAGGAGAUUGAAGUGCCAUCCAUCACAAAGUUCACCAAAGUGAUUGAAGGGGAGCCAGAAUUUAAGCUGGUCAGGGAAGGAGAGACAAUAACUAAAGUGAUUCAUGGAGAGCCUAAAAUUAAAAAAUACACAAAAAUAAUUGAUGGACAUCCUGUGGAAGUGACUGAAAAAGAGGUGACUGAAGAAAGAAUUAUUCAAGGCCCUGAACUGAAAUAUACUCGAAUCACUACUGAUGGAGGAGUGGAUAAUGAAGAGACUCUUAAGAAAUUGCUAAAGGAAGAGAUUACCAAGGUGACUAAACUCAUUGAAGGUGAUGGUCAUUUACUGGAUGAUGAAGAAAUCAAACGAUUCCUCCAGGGAGGCCCUGAACUGAAAUAUACUCGAAUCACUACUGAUGGAGGAGUGGAUAAUGAAGAGACUCUUAAGAAAUUGCUAAAGGAAGCUGGAUCUGAGUACACUAAAGUUACUAAAAGAAUUGAAGAAGAACCACAGAUUAUCGAAACAGAAAUAAAGAAAAUUCAUCUGGAAGACAUCCCAGUAAGAAAAGUACAAUCAUCUAGAAAGACACAAGGAUCAGUACAGAGAAGAACAAGGGUUGUCCGUCCUGGCACAAGAAGACAGAAUCCACAGAAAGAGAACUGAAAAAGCUUCAAAAAAUUUAAACAUUUUUUUAAAAAUUAACAAGGGAAAUCAUUUACUAAUUCAUGUGUUCGCAUUAGGAGUUGGGUAUAGUACUGUUGAAUAAAAUCUCAUAAAAUUUUACAUGUUAGAAGAAAUAAAUUUAGAAUUUAUCUGUUUUCUAUGAAUAACUGAUUAGAGUAGGUGUUCUGAAAGUAUGCAAACACAGAUAAGCUCCAUUGAUUUUGAUGGAUCUUAUUUCUGAGCCAUUGUAUUAAAUAACCUGAAUAGAAUAUAUGUAUAUGUAUCUCCAUUAUAUUGUUUAUGUACAGAAGACAACUAUAACAUUUCUGAAACAUUUGCCUUAAAAAUAAAAGCAACCUUGUUUGAAUAAUUA